AUGGAUUGCCAGGAGUCAGAACCUGGUGUCACUGCCCAUGAACAACAACACACUCAGUUGCCUUCAGCGCUUCAGGAACUCAUUGCCUCAGACUUGGAGAUUAUUCCUGGAAAUGUGCUAAACAGGGUAACCAGGGGUCCGCUAAGGGACUUCAUACUGCAAGCGGAUCACCCUUUAACAUUCUCCAGCGACAACUUACCGUCGUCCCAUAUGGUGGCUAUCUGUAAUGCAGUUAGUGCAUUUCUUGACGCAACAACGCUCUCUGCCAAUAAACUCAUCCGCGAGUUUGCUCUCUCUGGCUCCCAGCCUCCAUGGAUCGCCGCCUUUGAAGUUCUUCUAGACCGUUAUGAACGCAAGCCGAAACCAAUGAGACAGGUCCUAACCUCGUUGAUUAAAAUCAUUUUGGGGCAUCGUGGUGAGGAUUCAGUCAUCCACUUAAUUCGUUCAAGAAUAGUCCAGUUGAUAUUACCCAACAUUGUAUCAUGUGAACCCAGGUCAAGGCUCAAGGCAUGUUUGGUUUCCUUAGAGUGGCUUAUCCGAAAAGAAGCAUUUCCUGUGCUUGAUUUCAUCCAGAAGAUGAACACAUGGAUGCUAGAUAACCCCAUGGCUUGGAUAUCGCGACUGGACGGGCAUUGCAUCAAACUAGGAGUUCCUAUGAGCUAUUUUAUUGAUGUAGAAGCCAGAAAGAGUAUUGGAGAAAACGAACUGCUCUUAUACGGCACUCAAAUUUUUACCAUUUCUCUUCUUCUUAAUUCCAAUAACAGGGACUUGGCCCUUCCAGCUGGGACUUUAUUUACUCUGUUGUGCCAUACAUUGGACAUCGCUUCUAGGGAUAACAGUUUCUUGUACAUUAGUCCGAGGACCUCAUGCCCUUUUUGGCAAGCCCCGCUCAGAUACAUCGCCUUGCAGAAUAUAGAUGAUUUAGACGCCGUAUCGGAUCAUUUUCUAUAUCCUUUGUUUAAAGUUAUGCCAUCAGGAUUUCAAUCGUUCAUUCGCACUCUACCAUUCUACGACCUGCAAGCCGGCUCCAGUGAGGCCUCACCGGAUGAACUUAUUGUACUCUUUGCUGCGCUCCAAAUAGCCAAAGAGCUCGGACUUGUACAAGAAGACAGAUCUGAGAUACAUGUAACUUCAUGCGAACCAUAUAUCAUGGAUAGCAGUCGAAUUGGCGACUUUCUAAUACACCCUGAACCUGCGAUACGCAUCUCGGCUCUAUCUCUGUUGAUAACCGCCCCUUCUACUAGGAAACCAUUCUCCUCGGUCACGCUCCAAGUAUUGGCGAAAAAUUUUCCCUACAUGCACACAGACAGCGACCCACAAUAUAGGGGAGAAGUGUACAGCUUAAUUCGGAAACUUAUCAUUAGAUUAUGCGGCGGCCUAUCUGGUAGCCGCAAAACGGCUGGCUCUGAGGAUGGUUCACAUGCUGUCAACGAUCAUACCACGGAAGAAGAUUCACAAAGAACGAAGCACGCUAUUGCCGCUAUAUCUCAUGUGCAAUUUUUGCAGUGGUAUGUGGAUUUUCUCGAGCUAGAACUCCAACCAACAAUGUCAUACCAAAGACAUAUAUCGGCUCUCAAAACGUUGGCAUUGGUUCUGCAAUCAGGUCUGGAUAAGAGGAUUGACCCCGUUUACCUUUCACGACUCGGCCAGGAUCAGACUUUGUGGAACUGCAACAUCGAAAUAUUUCGACCAAGUCUUUUCAGAGUCAUUGGCGACUUGCUUAUAAAUCCAUAUGACGACGUCCGAUCUUCAGCUCUGAUUCUUCUAAAUAUGUUCCCCAGAACACAUAUCCAAACAUGCCCUGCAAAUGACGAGGAAUGCUUCUUGGGCGGGAAAUAUUCUCAUUCCCGUCGUCAACUAGUUAAAGCUUUGCAAAGGGCUGAGAAUGUGGCGAGCCGCACAAGCAGAGCUGAUCACGCUGAUGCCGUAGCCCGUUUGUAUCAUAUUUUAUUCGACCUUGCUGAUUUCAACAAAUUCUUAGACACAGGGAAAACGUGGUAUGAACAUAAACAAGGUAUUGUGGAAGCCCUCCUCACUACUUUAGAGAAACAUCUAUAUUCAAACGAUGGUUUGUUCCAAAACGCGAUCCGGGAGACUUCUUUACAUGGCUACAUCUCCGCAUUAAGAAGGUAUAUUGUGUCAACUCCGAGAUUCUAUGCAUGCUUCCCCUCAACGACAAGUGUGGUGGUCCCUUUUUGGAGAGAAUGCCACGAUCGGCUUAUCUUGCUUUGUGAAAAGAUCUGGCUUGGAGUCCAAACUAUCCUCUGUAUAGACUCUCCUGAAGGGCAAGAUGAAGAUGCAGCAGACGACCUUAAAGGUCCGAAGGAUUUGUUGUCAUGCUCUUGGCGUGCCUUGCGGGAAUCAAGCAUGCUCCUUCAUGCCAUAUUACUCAAUUCAACCUACGCGCCCGAAUCUGAUGGUACUGGACUCGUCCAAGCCGACUUUAAUAAAAUUGGAAGUCUAAGCUUUACGCAACUUGCGGAGUUGCGGCACAGAGGCGCUUUUUCUGCAGUGUCUCAGACUUUCACAGCUUGCUGCCAAAGAUGUGGCCAGUCGAAGGAUCUGGGAAUUUCUAAUCUGCUAGAUAUGUGGUACAAGGAUGCAUUGAAAAUUAUAGAUCAGCAGGCGUCGAAAUUGACUCGCCGAUCCGCCGGACUCCCUGCUCUGAUUACAGGGUUAGCCUCAUCACAACCCGAUAGCCCCCUCUUUCGUCAAAUCAUGCGUGACGUACAGGAAAUUGCCAGCUUAGGCACACCCACUAGUGUUAGUGGGUCUGAAUUGAAGCUGCCUCAGGUUCACGCCUUAAAUUGUUUGAAGGAUAUCUUCACCAAUACCAAACUUGGUCCGUCCACAGAAUCAUAUGUGAUGCCAUGUCUAAUGAUAUCAGCUGAAUGUUUGGGUUCUAAAAUAUGGGCAAUUCGCAACUGCGGACUGAUGCUAUUCAAAGCUUUAAUAAAUCGUAUGUGUCGCUUCAAGGCAGGAUACAGUGCGGGUCUAGGCGGAAGUUCCGGGUCAGAACUUGGAAGUAGGAUCGUUUUCCAAAAAUAUCCUGGUCUAGUUGAGCUCCUAGCCCAGCUUCUUCAAGACCCCAUUCCAAACGAAAAGCUGGAUAAUCCAAAUGGCCAGUUCUGGGAAAUUUCUAUAACGACAGAGCGAGUGUUUCCUGCCUUGGAGCUAAUUGGAGAGAAGGUGCCCUCUUUCUCAGGGGAGGAAGAAAAGCUUCUAAGAGACCUUGUCUGCGAGCAGUUUCGAAGCCCUGUAUGGGGUAUCCGGGAGCAUUCAGCCAGAAUAUAUGCGUCUCUGCUAAGACAUGAUGAGAUACUGCCAACUGUUUGUGAGCUUUCAACUGUCCCUCAUUCAUCUGUCUCACAAAACCACAUUCACGGAACGGUAUUAUGCAUUAGAUACUCCUUGCAAAGGCUCUGGGUUUCCUCAAGCCGAUAUUGGCUAGAUGACUCCAGGACUGCUCUUCUUAGUGUCAAGAAAGUAUGGCGAAAUCUUAUCGCCCACGCAAGAUCUCCAUUCGUUCUGGCUGCAUUAGUUGAUGUCCUUAACGAUGUCUUGGAAGCUAGUAUCCGCUGUGGACUAGAAGGUCUUGUUGUACUCCAAAUUAGUUCCCUACUCGAGGAACAUGGUGUCUUCGAUAUGUUAGCCAACCUCCUUUCCCAAGCUAAGGCCGAAAAUUUCAUAUCCAAGGGUUCAUUUAUACUCAUUCGAGCGAUUUCUAUUUCUAAAACUACAAUUUCGCUAGCGCAGAAUUCGGCAUUGGAAGGUUUAUUGGGAUUUUUAAAUUCUCUAUCGUCAAUUGACGUUGACACAACCUGUUGGCUCCUAACUCACAUGCACCACUGUUUUAGCUCACAUGAGCGGACCAAAGUGCAGAGAAUAACGCUCUACACUACUAUGAUCGAGGACUCGGUUCCCCGGAGAGUACAAUCAGCUAUAAUGAGAAGUCUGGCAGACAGUUUGGAGUCACUUCUCGAAACGCAUACGUACCUACCUGAUGAGUUUUCCUUCCUUCGACAGUGGGCUAGAUCUACCGAUAUUCCAGAAAAUAGCAAUUGCUGCAACAUAUGGAAUCGCGAUAUGGUGAAUGCUUCAUUGCGACUGAAAGGAAGUUUAUUUGCACUCCAAAUGUUGUCAUUCGACGAUGCCGAAAUUUACCCUGUGGUUGAAAUGAAAUUGAACAAAUGGAAUCAAAGCCUACGUUCUGCGAUUGCAGACGAAACUGAAUUCACAACCCGACAUGCAGCAGUUCUUUCUAUGAAAGCAUUUGUUUUGGGGCUAAAAAUAAGCGCCCGACAUCGAAAACUUCACCAGUUUUUACUGGACACAUAUCUUGUUUUGUAUGGAAUGCUCAAUGAUGACGACGAAGACAUCAGAUAUAUUGCAACUCAGGCGGCAGGUGUCCUCUUUUCACUUGAACCAGAGAGGUCAACCCAAGCAACGGAACUGCUUCCCCUUGCGGCUAGUUUGCGAUUGACUGAGGUGAUUGCCGAAGAUUAUGUUGGCUCCACAGCGCUUUGCGUAGAAGCGUUGGGCCGAUUUCUUGCAUUGCCUAUCAACAUAUCAGCAGUUGAAAACAACGGUAUUACGGUACCGCCACCUGUUUCCAGGCUUCUUGCUAGUUUCCAGAAGGAGAGCACGGUUCUAUUCCAAGAAGAAAAACAGAAUUUGUUUAUCGAAGAUGUGCGAGAAGUUGAAAUAUGGUCCAAAGUCCUAUCACGAUUGAUCCCAAGGCAAGAAGACACAGUUAUUGCCAUGCUUCUCUAUUCUUGGGUUGCUGAAGGUCUUUCCACACUGAUAGCGGCAACUAGAACAGCCGGUAGUGACUGUGUGCUAGGCUGGAUAUCGAAUCCAGAUGUCUUUACCUUGGGUGUCCGAGUCCUUCGGGGCGCAAAGAUAUUGCUGCUUGUCCCUUCAUCUGGAGCCUUGCCAUUGGACAAAGCGCUGAUCUACAGAAGACUUGAGGAUUUACUGGACCAAGGCCGCAAGCAUGCAUACCUAGCUAUCUUUAAUCCCCUUAAGACAUCUGUCAUUGAUUUGUCUCCAGCACUCGAUAUUGCGCAACGAUUGUUUGACACCUCGUACGGCAUAUUAUUGCUUCAUCCGCAUGCCUAUCAUGCAAAGACUGCCUAUUAUUGUAAUCUAGGCGCUCCUAUACUUAACCAUGCUAUUGUCCUCAUCCUCAUAUUAAUUCCCGUUUUCGCCUUCAUCAUAUGGAGAGUCGGCCUCCACCUCUCCUCGGUAUUUUACUUCAAUAUGGAAAUGCACAAGGUGAUGCGAGACACGCGACAGGUGGAGGAAGCAGUCGUUGCUCAGGAAUCCCAGGUCGCCACUACACCAUCGACCAAUAAUCCAUCUCCUCCUAAUCCAGCUCCACCGUCAGCUGUCAAUGUAAUACCCGGCAAUAAUGGACGACCGGCCAAUGGACAGGUAGCAAAUGGGAAUCCAGCUAACGAGCAAACAGGGAAUGGGAAUGGGAAUGGGAAACCGCAAACCAACCCGCAGCCGGGCAAUGGACUCCCGGCAAGCGGGCACACAAGUGGAGGCCCUGCGACGGGCAAUGGCUAUAGCGGUUAG